AAAACUGGUGUGUGUACAAAUAACAAGAUUAAGUAGUGAUUAAGUAGUAACGUUUGGAGGCGCGUACGGUUUUAUGACGUCUCCCACCAAACUUCUUUUGGACUCUUGGCAUUAGAUUGUAUUUAAUAGGCCUGAGUAAAUGUGUCACUUCUUGUGCAUGCAUGGAGUCACACUGUGUCAUCACUGAACUCAUUGUGUUUCCUCAGACCUUCCCAGUGAACGGUUAAUGUCUCUGUUGGUCGUCCUCUUCCUUCUCCUCCCACACAGACAAACCAACACAAACAUUUCAGUGCAGCGCGGACACUCUCAAACUAGUUGGGAGUCCAACGGAGACGCCACCGGGACAUAAGCGACCCACCGAGGGAGAGAGAGAGAGAGAAAGAAAGAGAGAGAGAUGGCCCAGACCGACAGCCAGAGUUCCACUUUCUCCGACAUUGUGGAGCUGAACGUGGGGGGUCAGGUGUAUGUGACCCGACUGGAGACCCUCACGGCGGUGCCGGACUCCCUCCUGUGGACCAAGUUCACCCAGAGCUCCCCGGGCGACCUGCCCAAAGACAGCAAGGGCCGCUUCUUCUUCGACCGGGACGGCUUUCUGUUCCGCUACAUUUUGGAUUACCUGCGGGACGCCGAGCUCUACCUGCCCGAGUAUUUCAAAGAGAGGAGGCGGCUGCAGAAAGAAGCCGACUUUUUCCAGCUCCCGGAGCUCUCGAGGCGCCUGGCGACGGCCGGAAAGGACGGCUCGUAUGCGGAGGACAGCGGGGAGCCGGAGGACUCGGAGCUCACCAGUCCGGUCACGUCCACCACCUCCUCCUCUUUCUCGGACAGGACCCCGCGCUCCCCGGGGGCCGGCGCCGGCUACAUCACCAUCGGGUACAGGGGCAGCUACACCAUCGGGAGGGACAUCCAGGCGGACGCCAAGUUCCGCAGGGUGGCCAGAAUCACCGUGUGCAGCAAGAUCUCUCUGGCCAAAGAGGUGUUCGGAGAGAGCCUGAACGAGAGCCGCGACCCGGACCGCCCGCCCGACAAGUACACCGCCAGGUACUACCUCAAGUACAACUUCCUGGAGCAGGCCUUCGACCGGCUGGCCGAGGUCGGCUUCCACAUGGUGGCCUGCAACUCCACCGGGACCUGCUCGUACGCCGGCAACGACCCGGCGGACGACAAGCUGUGGACCAGCUACACCGAGUACGUUUUCUCCCGGUGAACGGAUCACUGCCGCCGGGCUGCGGUGUGUCCAGCCACCCCCCCCCCCCCCCCGUAUGCCGCCGCGUGUCCAGCCCCCCGCCGCUCACCACACCGCGCGUCGGUGCGCGCGUGCCGCUGACCACCGGUUGGAGCAAGGCGGCUGCUGACAUUAGUUCUCCGAAGCUCGGUGACUUGUGGUUUUUGUUUUCCUUCUCCGCCGCAGUUUCGUCAUUUUCUCCCGUUCUCAGACUCAUGUGCCGCUCUUUGGUUAGAAAGCAGCGGGACUUCUUUACGCGUCCCGAGCCGCGUUGUUUAUGCGACCGUCUAAUUGUUUGUGGCUUUCAACUGCUUUGUUCUUAAUGAAGUUAAUGAGUGGAUGCAGAUUGUAGAAUGUGGUUUUCUCUUCAUCGUUACUGAGCUGUGGCUGUAUUUCGUAUUGUUGAUGUUGAGAGGCUGUUAUAUGCUGAAAAAUAGCCUCAUGUUCAAUGGCCUCUCAAGUAUUUAAUCAUUGGGAUUCAAUUAUAAGGACGUUGCUUCUUUGGUAUAAUAUAUAUUUAAAUGUACAUGUUUUAUUGGAUUUGAUUAUAUCAACUACAGUAUUUCUGCCUUUAAGAUAAUAUGUCUGAACCUUGCAACGCUUCAUUAUUUUGUGCCAUCUAUGAGCUGUUGUCAUUGUCUUCUCUUUUGAUAUGAGGCCAAAUAAAGUGUGACAUUGUGCCACUACA